GGCCGCGCCAAGCGGAGGCUGCAGCGGCGGCGCUGUGCCUCCCGCGGUCGCCCCGCUCUCGCCACCCGGCCUCUACCCUCGCCGGGGUAUGGCCCCCUGGGAGAGGCCUUGAGAUCUACGCGGGCCCGAGGGUCGGGGCGCCGACUUUCCGGACAUUUUAGUGGGAAGGGCUGCUUUCAAAGUGGAUUGCCCCAACUCCUCCGGGGGCGGGAAGCGGGGAUCUUCCCCCAGCCGCAAAUACUCAAAGAAACCAACCAUUGAAGACGUAGAAGAUGGAGAUUCUCGGUCCUCAGAGUCCCCUUCUAAUACAUUAGGCUUUGUUGGCUACUCUGUGAACUACGGGGAGAAGUCGAGGGUUAAGAUUAAAUCCCACCCGUCUUAUUCCAGCACCUCCCCCACCGAACGGUCUGGGUCCCCCACUCCAUCGCCCUCGCCCAAAAAGCUCCGUUGCUUAGACCAGCGAGAAAUCGAGAACGAGGAGAGGCAUGAACACUGCUCUAAAAAGAGGAGGUCUAGAGAGUACAACCCCAGUGCAUUUGAUUCUCACUGGCUGGGAACACCUUCCACCAUGGCCACCUCAGCAAGUUCCCACUUGAACAAAGGCAUCAAGCAAAUGUACAUGUCCCUGCCCCAGGGUGAGAAAAUCCAAGCCAUGUAUAUCUGGGUUGAUGGUACUGGAGAAGGACUGCGCUGUAAGACCCGUACCCUGGACUGUGAGCCCAAGUGUGUGGAAGAGUUACCUGAGUGGAACUUUGAUGGCUCUAGUACCUUUCAGUCUGAAGGCUCCAACAGCGACAUGUAUCUCCAUCCUGUUGCCAUGUUUCGAGACCCCUUCCGCAAAGACCCCAACAAGCUGGUGCUAUGUGAAGUUUUCAAGUAUAACCGGAAGCCUGCAGAGACCAACUUGAGGCACAUCUGUAAACGGAUAAUGGACAUGGUGAGCAACCAGCACCCCUGGUUUGGAAUGGAGCAGGAAUAUACUCUCAUGGGAACAGACGGCCACCCGUUUGGUUGGCCUUCCAAUGGCUUCCCUGGACCCCAAGGCCCGUAUUACUGCGGUGUGGGAGCAGACAAGGCCUAUGGCAGGGACAUCGUGGAGGCUCACUACCGGGCCUGCUUGUAUGCUGGAGUCAAGAUCACGGGGACAAAUGCAGAGGUUAUGCCUGCCCAGUGGGAAUUCCAGAUAGGACCCUGUGAGGGGAUCCGAAUGGGAGAUCAUCUUUGGAUAGCCCGUUUUAUCUUGCAUCGGGUGUGCGAAGACUUUGGGGUGAUAGCAACCUUUGACCCCAAGCCCAUUCCAGGGAACUGGAAUGGUGCAGGCUGCCAUACCAACUUCAGCACCAAGGCCAUGCGGGAGGAGAAUGGCCUGAAGUGCAUUGAGGAGGCCAUUGACAAACUGAGCAAGAGGCACCAGUACCACAUCCGCGCCUACGAUCCCAAGGGGGGCCUGGACAACGCCCGGCGUCUGACUGGAUUCCACGAAACCUCCAACAUCAACGACUUUUCUGCCGGUGUUGCCAACCGCAGUGCCAGUAUCCGCAUU